GUCACUGCAUCCCUUAAAUUUUGGAGAGUUUCGCACCUCGAUUGCCAACGCAGACAAGUAGGAUAAGGGUUCAUGGUCACAGCCUCCAGAAGUCGAGAGACACUAUUCACCCGACAGUAUCCUGAUUUUUCACUUUGUCAGGAUGGUGCCAACAGUAAGCCUGGAGCCCACGGGCCACAGCUGCUGGGACGAACCGCUGAGCAUCGCUGUGCGCGGCUUGGCCCCGGAGCAGCCCGUCACACUGCGCACUGCCCUGCGCGACGAGAAGGGCGCGCUCUUCCGAGCCCACGCGCGCUACCGCGCGGACUCCCACGGCGAGCUGGACCUGGCGCGCACGCCCGCGCUGGGCGGCAGCUUCUCGGGGCUCGAGCCCAUGGGGCUGCUCUGGGCCAUGGAGCCCGAUCGGCCUUUCUGGCGCCUGAUCAAGCGCGACGUGCAGACGCCCUUCGUGGUGGAGCUGGAGGUGCUGGACGGACACGAGCCCGACGGCGGGCGGCUGCUGGCGCGGGCGGUGCACGAGCGUCACUUCAUGGCUCCCGGGGUGCGGCGCGUGCCCGUGCGCGAGGGCCGGGUGCGCGCCACGCUCUUUCUGCCCCCAGGAACUGGACCCUUUCCUGGGAUCAUAGACCUUUUUGGAGUUGGAGGUGGCCUUCUGGAGUAUCGGGCGAGCCUGCUGGCUGGGAAGGGCUUUGCCGUCAUGGCUCUGGCUUAUUAUAAAUAUGAUGACCUCCCUAAGGUUAUAGACAUCCUUCAUCUGGAGUACUUUGAGGAAGCUGUGACCUACCUGCUCAGUCACCCUCAGGUCAAGGGUCCAGGAGUUGGCCUGCUAGGGAUUUCCAAAGGGGCUGAACUCUCCCUCUCCAUGGCUUCUUUCCUGAAAGGCAUCACGGCCGCUGUCGUAAUCAAUGGCGCCACGGUCAACGUUAUUUCAACAUUAUACUACAAGGAAGAGAGUCUGCCUGGUUUGGGCAUGCACCUAGAAAGGAUCAAGGUGACCAAAGAUGGGUUUAAAGAUAUUAUAGAUAUCCUGAAUGUCCCUCUAGAAGCUCCAGACCAGAAGAGCCUCAUCCCCUUGGAAAGGUCUGACACGGCCUUCCUGUUCCUCGUAGGUCAGGACGACCACAACUGGAAGAGCGAGUUCUAUGCCAGAGAGGCCUCCAAACGCCUGCAGGCGCACGGGAAGGAGAAGCCCCAGAUUGUCUGCUACCCCAAAACAGGACACCACAUUGAACCCCCUUACAUCCCUUGGUCCAUAGCUGCCCCCCACAGCUAUUUUGAUAAGCCUAUCCUCCUUGGAGGGGAGCCUAGGGCUCAUGCCAUGGCCCAGGUGGACGCCUGGCAGCGGCUCCAGACUUUUUUCCAUAAACAUUUGAGUGGGGACAAGAGGCCAAGCCCAGCAAAACUAUGAUUUUCUUUGAGUAGUGACAUUGCUGGUGACAUUGCUGGUGCUGUUCCCCUGAGAAUUAGGAUAUAUAUGCAUUGUUUUCUUCUUUUAAUAAAAUCUUGAAGUUUUCCUCC